AUGGCAGGAAAAAGAAAGAGAAAGCGCCCAAACAAAUCUCUAGGUCUUGGGAGUUCCGAGAAACGCCAAAAGAUAUCUAACCCAACAAAGACUAUCGCUUCAAGGGACUCGGUUGUUAAGCAGGCUCUACUUAGCCAAUUCUAUCCAGAAGUCUUGACAUUACGCGAGUAUCUUCUUUCCAGGCUGCCAACCACAUCAAAGAUCAGGAGAAAAAAGGUCUUGUACGUUGGGACCGUCAAGGAUAGUGAGGCAUGUGCCAACUCGAGUCUAUCUACAUUCCUCGAUCGGACGUUGGUAGGCGCAACUAAAUCUAAAGAUGCGAAAAGGGAGGAUCGAUGGAGGCAUUGGGCGGCAUUCUCUCAAAGAGUUGAUGAUUCUAUAUCGACACUGAUUGACUUGAACUCGAUUGGGAAAUUCUCACAGUCUGACAUUGUAGAUUUUGCUAUAUGGCUUUUAUUCUCGAGGGGAAAUACAAUCAGUGGACGAGUGCAACAUCUAUUAUGUCAAGGUUAUCAAAGGGAUGCGAACUCGCGGAUGAUGAACCGAGCGGAAAAUGCUCCCAAUAACCACGUCUCUACUAUCAAAUCGGAUCCAUGGCCGCAAGUGCUUCUUCUCAUGGGGAAUGAGGGCGAGAAAAUGAUGCUAGACUUACUACUGGAUUGCGGCCUGUUUGUAGAGGUUACUAACGGAUGUGAGACUUAUCAUCAGUUGAGUGGCCUACCUCUAAAUGACCUGCAGACUUUGCCAGAGAGCACUGGUGGGAAAGCUGGAUCUCCCCUGGAGGCUGUAUCAAGACCUGCUUCGGCUGUAGAACACAGUCCAUCAAACAUAAACUUCGUUCGAAGCCGCAUGCUAUAUGCGAGGGCAUCUCUGAACGCGCAAGGAGGCGUGAGAUUUGGUUUUAGGCAUAUACUUGCCUCAAAUCAUCAAUUAAAAGAGCAACGUUCAGCCCCGCCUCCCACGCAGACAGAUCCUAGCACAAUCCAUAUCAUGAUGUAUCUAUUCCCAAGGCAAUUUGGACUGCACAAUGCUUUUACAGGCAAAGUUGAUCACCGUCAAACGGUACAGCCAUUCAAGGAUUAUACACUUCGUGAAGAUGAAAUCAAUGAGAAGUACCCGCAGGAAAGGCAAAGAAAAAUUCCAAAGCGACUUCGGGGAAUGGCCGUAGGUCUAGUACAGAAGCUGCAGAUUCAGCACCAAAGGUGUGCGUAUAAGAAGUUGUUGGAGUACUAUUGCCCGGUUAUAUCUUCAACCCCCAGGUUUCCGCUCCCUCCAACGCUCGACCAUGUCGCUAAAGACUCUUCUACUUUACUCAGGACACAAAACACAAUUGCUUCGACAAGAAGUCCACUUAAAAAGUCCAGGUCAAUGGACAAUAGCAAGGAGGACACAAGCAAAGCACCGUCCAUGAUGAGCCAUGCAACCCCUUCGUCCAUGGUUUCUGCCUUUUGCCGUUCCGUACUUUCGACAUUGAUUCCGAGACGCUUUUGGGGAGCUGGAGAGACGCAAAAAAGCAACGAGAAGAUAUUUCUUCGAAACGUGCACCGUUUUAUCGAAUUGAGAAGAUUCGAGAGUUUAUCACUCCAUGAAGUAGCUCAAGGCAUCCAGAUCUCGAGCAUAGAGUGGUUGCAAUCACCGAAUUGCGUAAACAAUAAAUCAUCAAAAUCUGACACCAAGAAGAAACUGGAGAUUUUUCUUGAGUUCUUAUACUACUUUUUCGACUCUCUGCUUAUCCCAUUGAUACGAGCGAAUUUUCAUGUUACCGAAUCUAAUGUUCAUAAAUACCGUAUGUUUUAUUAUCGCCAUGAUGUUUGGCGAUCACUCGUGGAGCCAGCAAUCGCGACGCUGAAGAUCACCAUGUUUGAAGAAGUCGAGCUGGAAAAGGCACGGAAACUUUUGAAUUCUAGAAAAUUAGGGUUUAGCCAAGUUCGAUUGCUACCGAAAGAGACUGGAGUUCGGCCAAUUGUGAAUUUAAAAAGACGACCUGUAAAGCCAGGAUCAAAACUUCUUGGUAGCAGUAUCAACACAAUUCUGGCGCCAGUUUAUAAUGCGUUCACAUACGAAAAGUCCCUUGACCCUACCCGAUUUGGAGCCACAUUGUUUUCUGUUGGUGAUUUGUACACAAGGCUCAAGGCGUUUCAAACGAAGAUCUCGAACUCGUCAAAACCAUUAUACUUUGUAAAGGUCGAUGUCAAAGCUGCCUUCGACACGAUUCCACAAGCAUCAGUCAUCGAAUUAAUGUCAUCCCUCUCCUCGAAGCCAGCAUAUCGUAUAUCCAAACACGUAGAAAUCAAACCCGGAGAAAACUACCGUGAAGACCUUCCCGGCAAACGAAAAGCCAAACCAAUGCGAAAAUGGGCAGCUCUCGCGCGUGGAGCGAAGGAUCCUAUGACAUUCGAAGAUACCCUCAAAAACAAUCUAGCAGUCGGAAAGAAAAACACCAUCUUCGUUGACAACAUAAUAAACCAAUAUCGCAGCGCAGACGACCUUCUCGAUCUCCUCUCCGAACACGUAACUCGUAACAUGGUCAAAAUCGGCAAGAAAUUCUACCGCCAGAAAGAAGGAAUCCCACAAGGUUCCGUCCUCUCAUCCCUCCUAUGCAACUACUUCUACGCCGACCUCGAAGCCCAACAUCUCGGUUUCCUCAAUGAAAACGACAGUCUCCUCCUCCGUCUCAUCGACGAUUUCCUCCUCAUCACCACAUCGCACACACAAGCUCGACUGUUCCUCCAGAAAAUGCACGAUGGCGUCCCCGCAUACGGCGUGCAGGUCAAUCCUGCCAAAACGCUCGUUAAUUUCGAGGCGACGGUUAAUAAUCAGAAGGUCGCGAGAUUGGUCGGGACGAGGGCGUUUCCGUAUUGUGGGGCUUUUAUUGAUACGAAGAGCUUGGAUAUAUCAAGGGAUCGGGAGAGGAGGAAGGAUAUCGGUAUGUUGAUGUCGCUUGUUUUGCUUCGGGGUCUGGGAGAGCUGGUUGCUAACUGCUACAGCGGUCGUGGAUUCUUUGACGAUUGA